AUGAAGGUAAUUAUAAUAUUAUUUAUUUGUUCAUUAAACGAUAUUGUUCGCCAUUAUUUCGUCGAAUAAACGAUAUAUUCGAAUUUUACAAAGAAAUUACUCGAAAUGAAAAUUUUUCAUUUCGGUAUUUUCAACAUCGUGAAAAAAGAAGUGGGAGGACUUGAUUGUGCAGAUAUGCAAGUUAUUAAUAACUUUAUUGAAAAGUAUAUUGUUGAUCUUUUUUCUUUUUUUUCUUCUUUUUUUUUCUUUUUUGGUUGAGAAAAAUCUUACUUUGUCGAAAAAUGAAAAGUUCCUCGAGAAGAGAACGAAUUUAUUUUGCGAGGCUAUGAUUCGAUAUAUUGUAUUGUAGUCUAAAAUUUCUAUGCUUGGAUGCUUAAUUUUUGAUAUUUUAAUUCCCAACAGAAAGGAUUGGUGCUCGGUGUGUACGAAACAGAAGAUGAAAGCAACGUUUUACUGACUCCCACGGCGGCUAAAUAUGAUGAAUUAGUUAAAGGAAAAUUGCAGAAACAUAUUUUGUUAAAUAUUAUUCAAUUAAGGAAAAAGAUGUCAGCUAUCAAUGAUAGUAAUUUGGGAAAUGAUAAUCCUGGAAGCAGUGGAGGUGUAGGUGAAUGUAGUGAUAGAAUGAGUAAACAAAAUCAUUCUGCAAAUGUUCUUCAUAGGAUUAGCGGUACCCUUGAAGAUAAGAAUAAUGAUUAUCUGUGUCCUAUUUGUUUUGAAAUAAUCGAUGAAGCUCAUAUCACACGUUGUGGUCAUACAUUUUGUUAUCGUUGUAUAGUAAAAUCGUUGGAAGCUAAUGGCCGUUGUCCAAAAUGUAGUUACAUGUUAACUCAACAGGAUAUUUUUCCAAACUUUCUGUUACAUGAAUUAAUAUCAAAAUAUAAAACUAGAAUUAAGAGUCUUACUGAAUUAGGAUCUUCUUAUGCAGCUGAUGGUAGACACAAAACAGGUGUAGACUUACCUGUACCACCACAUGAUGGAUUAAGAGAUAUUAUAGCUGCAGAAAGUGCUAAUCUAACAUUACCCGAUGUGAAUGUAAUGCUGGAGGUAUUAACACAAAGAAAACAUUUACUGGAAGCAGAAACAUGUGCAGCACAGAACAAAUUACUGCACGAGUUUUUAAAGCAUUUACUACAGCAAAAGGAAGAGCAAAAGAAUCAGUUACAAAAGGAGAUAGCAUUGAUUAAAAGAGAUAUGGAAGAAGUUGAAAAUAUUUUAAAAGAUGUACAAAAUAAAUGUCCUAAAGUAGAAGAUUUGAAAAAAUCUAGUGAAAAUGAUACUGCACAAGUAUCAGCUAUAAGAAAAGAAAUGAUUGGUCUUAUAGACAUAAUCGAUUCGAACAUGGUAAAACCAAAUGAGAAAGCAAAUGUUGGAAGUGACACUUUUAUUAAUCCAACAGGGAGUAAAAAACAAAAUGAUUAUGCAGUAGGAUCUACUUUAGCUGUACGUAGGAAGAGGAUGCAUGCACAUUUUGAUGAUUUUGUUCAAUGCUAUUUUGACUCCCGUGCUAAGGAAUUACUGCUUGGGCAUAAAUCUCAAAGUCAGAGUGAUUCAUGGCAAGGCACUAGUUCAGGACUCGAUGUUUUUAGAGAAAAUCUUGUAAAAUUCUCGAGAUAUAAAGCGUUACGUCCACUAGCGACUUUGAAUUAUUCGUCAGAUAUUUUUAAUAAUUCCACUAUUGUUUCAAGCAUCGAAUUCGAUAAAGAUAACGAAUUCUUUGCGAUAGCUGGAGUUACAAAACGUAUAAAAGUAUUUGAUUAUAGUGCUGUAAUAAGAGACACAGUAGAUAUACAUUAUCCCUGUGUGGAAAUGGUAUCUAGCUCCAAAAUAUCAUGUGUUUCAUGGAAUUCUUUUCAUAAAGGGAUGCUAGCAUCAUCUGAUUAUGAAGGAAUAGUAACAGUAUGGGAUGCUGCAACUUGUCAAAGAACUAAAACAUUUCAGGAACAUGAGAAGAGAUGUUGGUCAGUUGAUUUUAAUGAUGUUGAUACAAAACUUAUAGCAUCAGGGUCAGAUGAUGCUAGAGUUAAAUUAUGGUCUUUAAAUAAUGAUCAUUCCGUGGCUUCUUUAGAAGCAAAAGCUAAUGUAUGUUGUGUAAAAUUUAACCCACGUAGUUCAUGUCACUUAGCAUUUGGAUCUGCAGAUCAUUGUGUCCAUUAUUAUGAUUUACGCAAUAUGAAGGAAGCACUCUGCAUUUUUAAAGGGCAUCGUAAGGCUGUUUCAUAUGUUAAAUUUAUUAAUAAAGAAGAAAUAGUAUCUGCAAGCACGGAUUCACAAUUAAAGAUGUGGAAUAUCAAUAAUCCACAUUGUUUGCGUUCAUUUGUCGGACAUGUAAAUGAAAAGAAUUUUAUAGGUCUUACUACUGAUGGUGAUUAUGUAGCAUGUGGGUCAGAAAAUAAUGCACUUUAUGUAUAUUACAAAGGACUCUCGAAACAAUUGUUCUCAUAUAAAUUCGAUGCUGUUCGAAGUAUAUUAGAAAUACAAGAACGAAGAGAAGAAGAUCUGAAUGAAUUUGUGUCUGCAGUUUGCUGGAAACAAAUGUCAAAUGUUGUAGUAGCCGCAAAUUCUCAAGGGACUAUUAAAAUAUUAGAAUUAAGCAGGUCCAAAAAUCCCCAAAGGUCAUGCUAGAAUAUUUUGGGGUUUGGAUGAGAAGGAUUACGUGGGAAUUGCAGUUGUUGGUCUUGGAAAAAAGAAUCUUGGCAUUAAUCAACUUGAGGAAAUACAUGAAGGAAAAGAGAAUAUACGUAUAGCUGCAGCAGCUGGAUGUCGUGCAUUGGAUGCAGUUGAAGUAAAAGAUAUACAACUAGAAACAUUAGGAGAUGCAGAGGCUGCGGCAGAAGGAGCUGCAUUAUCAACAUGGUUUUAUCAAGGCUCAAAAAAUAAAGAAAAACAGAAAGUUUUGCCGAAAGUUUCGUUGUAUGGUCAAGAAGGGGAAACACAGUGGCGUAUCGGAAGUAUUAAAGCUCAGGCUCAAAAUUGGGCACGUCAUUUAGCAGAUUCCCCGGCCAAUUUAAUGACACCUACAAUAUUUUCGGAAGAAGUGCAGGCAGUCUUGAUUAAAUUAGGAAUUACUGUAAAAGUCCAUAAUAAAGAAUGGGCAGAAGAGAAGAAGAUGGGUUCUUUCCUUAGUGUAUCUCAUGGUAGUUGUGAAUCACCAAAGUUUGUUGAAAUUCAUUACAAAGGUGCUGAUGAUGAUUCCCAACCAAUUGCGUUUGUUGGAAAAGGUGUUACCUUCGAUGCUGGUGGAAUCAGUUUGAAGCCAUCAGCUGACAUGGACGAAAUGCGUGCUGAUAUGAGUGGUGCAGCAUGUGUAGUAGCUGCUAUUCGAGCUGCUGCUGAACUUAAAUUAAAGUUGAAUCUUAUUGGUUUGAUACCACUUACUGAAAAUUUGCCAUCUGGAACUGCAACUAAACCAGGAGAUCUCGUAGUUGCAAUGAACGGGAAGAGUAUUAUUGUAGAUAACACCGACGCAGAAGGUAGACUUAUUCUUGCUGAUGCACUUUGCUAUGCCCAAGAAUUUAAUCCAAGCUUUAUCUUGGAUAUUGCAACAUUAACGGGUGCGAUGAGAAUUGCUUUAGGAGGAGCAGCAACUGGAGUUUUUACGAACAAUAGUUCGUUGUUUGAAAAACUAAGAAAUGCAGGCACUCUUACUGGUGAUAGAGUAUGGAGAUUUCCGCUUUGGCAGCACUUCACAGAUGAAAUGACAAAAAAAGUUAAAUCAGCUGAUAUAAGAAAUGUUGCGAGAACUAAAGGCGGUGGUUCAUGUACAGCAGCUGCUUUCUUACAUGAAUUUAUACCAAACAAUACACCAUGGAUGCAUUUAGAUAUUGCAGGAGUAAUGGGUCCUGGACCUGAUAAGUUACCAUAUGUACCAGCGGGAAUGACAGGUGGUGGAGGCUGCUGCUGUGGAGAGGGAAGGGGCGCUGCCGCAGCAGCUGCAACUGCGGCAGCAGCAGCAUACGACGACGGGUCCGAAGUAUCGAGAAGUGGUGGUGGCGGAGGUAAACUUCCUCCUCCGCCUCGUCCUCUUCCUCGGCCUUUUCCUCGACCCCGACCCCGGCCCCUCCCCCUUCCGCGUCAACUCCGCCUUUCGGGCAUUCCUAUAUUGCUCGUUGUCUUUUCCAGGAAAGCGAGAGGACCCUGGAGGGCACUACUUCCUACACCUGCAACGGGAAAUCCACCCCGUGUGCCAGUCACGCCUACUCCUCCUUGUGUCAUAAACAUUCCUUGUUGUCCAACUGAAACUCCAACUCCUUGA